UCCUGGGCCAGCGGCGCUUGUUGUUCAGCGGCGGCGGCAGAGCUCGGGUGCAGCCUCGGGCCCGCCGCCGCCGGUGCGCGCGGCCAUGGAGCUGGAGGUUCCGGACGAGGCCGAGAGCGCCGAGUCGGGGGCCGUGACGGCGGAGGCGGCCUGGGCGGCGGAGAGCGGAGCAGCUGCAGGUCUGGCUCAGAAGAAGACGGCCCUGACUGAGGCGCCGUCGGUGACUGGACAGCCAGGCCCUGGCCAUGGGAAGAAGCUGGGCCACCGAGGCGUGGAUGCGUCCGGCGAGACCACCUACAAAAAGACCACCUCAUCCACCCUGAAGGGUGCCAUCCAGCUGGGCAUUGGCUACACCGUGGGCAACCUGAGCUCCAAGCCUGAGCGUGAUGUGCUUAUGCAGGACUUCUACGUGGUGGAGAGCAUCUUCUUCCCCAGUGAAGGCAGCAACCUCACCCCUGCCCACCACUUCCAGGACUUCCGGUUCAAGACUUACGCCCCUGUCGCUUUCCGCUACUUUCGGGAGCUCUUUGGGAUCCGGCCAGAUGAUUACUUGUACUCUUUGUGCAAUGAGCCGCUGAUCGAGCUGUCCAAUCCGGGCGCCAGCGGCUCAUUGUUCUACGUCACCAGUGAUGACGAAUUCAUCAUCAAGACAGUCAUGCACAAGGAGGCUGAGUUCCUGCAGAAGCUGCUGCCCGGCUACUACAUGAAUCUGAAUCAGAACCCACGGACGCUGCUGCCCAAGUUCUACGGGCUGUACUGUGUGCAGUCGGGCGGCAAGAACAUCCGCGUGGUGGUCAUGAACAAUGUGCUGCCACGUGUGGUCAAGAUGCACCUCAAGUUCGACCUCAAGGGCUCCACGUACAAGCGGCGGGCCAGCAAGAAGGAGAAGGAGAAGAGCAUGCCCACCUACAAGGACCUGGACUUCAUGCAGGACAUGCCCGAGGGGCUGUUGCUGGACGCUGACACCUUUAGCGCCCUGGUCAAGACUCUGCAGCGAGACUGCCUGGUGCUGGAGAGCUUCAAGAUCAUGGACUACAGCCUGCUGCUCGGCGUCCACAACAUUGACCAGCAAGAGCGGGAGCGGCUGGCCGAGGGUGCCCAGAGCACCUCAGAUGAGAAGCGGCCUGUGGGCCAGAAGGCGCUCUACUCCACAGCCAUGGAGUCCAUCCAGGGCGGGGCUGCCCGUGGGGAGGCCAUCGAGACAGAUGACACAAUGGGAGGGAUCCCCGCCGUGAACGGGCGUGGGGAGCGGCUGCUGCUGCACAUCGGCAUCAUCGACAUCCUGCAGUCUUACAGGUUCAUCAAGAAGCUGGAGCACACAUGGAAGGCCCUAGUCCACGAUGGGGACACAGUCUCCGUCCACCGCCCCAGCUUCUACGCUGAGCGUUUUUUCAAGUUCAUGAGCAACACGGUCUUUCGGAAGAAUUCCUCCCUCAAGUCCUCCCCCUCCAAGAAGGGGCGCGGCGCCUUGUUGGCUGUGAAGCCCCUGGGGCCCACGGCCGCCUUCUCCGCCAGCCAGAUCCCCAGUGAGCGGGAGGAGGCUCAGUACGACCUUCGAGGGGCCCGGAGCUACCCCACACUGGAGGACGAAGGCCGGCCAGACCUCCUGCCCUGCACGCCACCUUCUUUUGAGGAAGCUACCACCGCCUCCAUCGCCACGACUCUGUCAUCCACCUCCCUCUCCAUUCCAGAGCGGUCUCCAUCAGAGACGUCAGAGCAGCCGCGGUACAGGCGACGUACACAGUCCUCAGGACAGGAUGGCCGGCACCAGGAGGAGCCGCGUGUAGAUGAGGACCUGCAGCAGAUCACUGUGCAGGUGGAGCCGGCGUGCAAGGUGGAGAUUGUGGUCCCCAAGGAGGAGGAGGUGGGGGUGGAGGCUGCCCCAGCCGGAGCAUCGGCCAUCACUGUGGACGUGGACACAGCCAGCCAGGCCUCAGAGCCCGCUAGCCAGGCCUCCGAUGAGGAGGACGCGCCCGCCACCGACAUCUACUUUUUCGCCGAUGGGAGGUACUGGAUUUUCUCUCCCCGUCAUCGCCGACUGCAGGCCAUGACGCCAAGCGCCUCGGCCACUCCCACGGAUGAGAGGAGCUGGGUGUACUCCCCGCUUCACUAUUGCGCGCAGGGGCAGCCUGCCUCCGACGGCGAGAGCGACACAUAAUGUCUAUGCAGACCCCACCCGAGCCCGGUGCCCGCUUCGCCCUGGCUGCUUCCUGGAGGCGCUGCCCACCCAAUGGAGGCCACGCGCCUGGCAUCCAGCCACCCGGGCCACCCCUGGCUGGACCUCAUCCUCGUCCUCCCCUGACGGAUGCUGACAGCGAGCCUGUCCCCACCGACAGCUCCAGGAACUAUGGGGCCCCCCAAGUAUCUAGGCCCAUGGAGCAGUGACCUGUGGAACAGCAAUCGCGUAUUUAUUUGGGGUCCUUCGUUUAGAGACAGAGGCACCCGUGUGCUUUUCUACAAAAAUGACGAGACACACAAAAGCCCAGGAGACCCCAGAUGGCCUUUGCAUGUGCCCUGCACCAGUGGCCUGGUGGCCCUGAGGAAAGCCUGCACUCUUGAGUUGCACCAACCGGGACCCGAGAGCAUAGAGGUCCACGGCCACCCUGGCCCAGGACCUGGGGCCACCCGCCCUCGACUCAGGUUUGGGGGCUUCUGUGCAAGACAUGCACCCCUGGUGGUGGCUGCAGGUGUGUGUCCUGCCCAGUCCUCUGCCCCCCCCCAUACCCACUUCUUGCUGCCAGGAGGGACACCCACAACCCAUGUGCACUAUCGACAAGAAUGGCCAAGAUCUUACAAUCUGACCCACACCAGGAAGGGCCUGUGCCUGUGCCACUCCAUCUUGGUGCAGCUCGGGACUGUGGACCCCAUGGUGCCAGGAAGGACCCCAUGGUGGGGGGCAAAGCCCCUUCAAGUAAAAUGACCUUCGGCGGGAGAGCCUGGCCUCAGCGCGGGGAUACAGACAGCUGGGCCCUGACAAUGACCAGGGCUUAUCUUUAGCCAUUCCACCCCAUGAUGACCAUCCCUGGCCGUUGUCCCCAGGGUCUGGGAGUGCCCUUCCAGACUGGGAUGGGCAUGUCUGCACAGUGAUGAGCGUGCCUGGCCACUGGACAGAUGAGAGUUCGGGGCCCCUGCACGGGCUGGGGUGGACACUGGGCCUCGCCAAUCCAGAGGGCAGGGGCUGUGGCCAUCACCACACUGUCCCUGCACUUGGGACUCCUGGAGGCAAAGUGGGCCAGUGUCCUUGGCCCUACCCCCCACCCAAAUCCAGGAAGCCCUGGCAGAAGACAUACCUUUGGGAAGAUUCCUCAGUCUGGCUCAUCCAGGAAUCAGGUUUCAUUAGGCUGUUGGAGGAAGUGCAGACGUGGCUCAAGUGGUAGAGCACCAGCCUUGAGCAAAAAAGCUAGGAUAGUACCCAGGUCCUGAGUUCAAGCCCCAGUCUGGCACACAAAAAAUAAGCCUGUUGGAAGCUCCAAGCUGCACGGCUGUGGUGUGUCCAGCCCCUCCUGGUUUCUAUCCCACCUUCCAGAAAGCCCCUCCCCUGCCCCUCCAGCCAAGCUGCUGGGACCAACCCCAUACCCUACCCAGGACCCCUGAGGCCAUGCCUCACAAGGCCCAAGACAGGAUACUCAAGUGUCCUCUGUCCCCUGCCCAGAGAGGGUUGUCCAGACUUAGGAAGUGGCCUUGGCCCUGAUUCACAGACAGCCAUCUGGUCAGUCAUGGUUGGUCUCUUGGCCAGCUGCCCUUCCACUGAAGGAUGCUGGGGGACCCUGUGGCAGAGGUCUAGAGGGGCUGCCAUGCCUAGUCCCACACCCAGGUGGCCAUCAGUGGGUCCUGUGCUGUGGGGGUCAUGACGCAAGGAUAGUUGACACCGUGACAUCCUGACAUUUUCGUGUGAAGUCCUGGAGACCCCUUCCAAAACCUGUAUUUGUGUGGCUGUGGUUUUAUACCCUUUUGUAUCAAGGGACCACAUUAUUUGAGAGACAUGGAGUUGAAAGGCAAGACCUAUUUAUAAUGUUUGGCAAAGCUCCUUUCUGUUUAGCCCCCAGGAGGAAGAUUCUGGACUCUUCCCCUUUCCCAUAGGAAUCUGUAAAUACUCUCAUGGCCACCUCCAGCCCCCACCCUUCUCCAAUGGCUGCUACUACCCCAGUCAGGGACAGGGUCCGAAAUCCUGUACUGUAAGGUCAGGGAGACAUUUCCUCUUCUCUCUGAUUGACAAGGUGGAAUCUCCAGGUGUCCCCACCCAGCCACUGUCCCCACCCACCUGACACCUGGUUCAGUGCAAUACUCCUGUCCCCCUGGGGGUCCCUCGCCAUGGUACUGGCUCCUCAGGCCCUUGGUUCCCCCCCCCCCUCCCCGAGGAUAUAUGUCCACUAACCUUUCUCUCUGGUGGUUAAAAUUUGCAUCUCCCGAUCUCAUUUUUAAUGGCCGAACCAAUUCUUAAAACUGCAAACCUUGUGUGUCUUAACUCUCACCGGGAGGAUGGAGGGAAUGUCCCUGGUCCCCAGCCCCUGUGGUCUGGUGUGUGACAAUCCAGAGCACGGCUACCCUGGCCCCCACAAGGAAGCCGUGACCCCCCCCCCCAACCCAGAACCAGGGGCAACCUCCAACAGUUGAGCCACUGCUGGCUCCAGACAACACUUGUAUGCAGCCCUGCCCCUGCCACAACCCUUUUUACGUUGAAGAGAUCUCUAAUAAAUCGGGUAUAAGCA